AUGACGAGCUUUGAGAUCCCAGACAGCGCCCUUGAAGGUAUCAAGGAUCAAGUGGUAAUAAUCACUGGUCUCGCAACUCUCCGAAGGAUAAUCAAGCACGGCGGCAAAGUCUUCGCAAGCGACGUCAACGAUCUCCCAGAGCCCGAAGCCUCAUCAGUGCCCUUCCAAAAGGUCGACGUGACAUCCUGGAAAGACCAAGUCGAGCUCUUCAAAGCCGCAGAAAAGCACUACACCAAAAUCAACCACGUCUUUGCCAACGCCGGCAUCGCACCAACCAUCAACCUCAUGGAAGACGACGUGGAUGAAAAUGGAGAUCUACUACCCCCAAAGCUAAAUACCCUCAAUGUUAAUUUGACAGGCUGCAUGUAUACAGUCAAACUAGGCAUAUUCUACCUCAAGAAGAAUCCCAACGGAGGGACAACAUCUAAACACGCCGUUCUCGGUCUCCUCCGCGCCCUGACCCCCAACCUCACUCAAUCCCCCCACCCUAUCCGCAUCAACGCCAUCGCGCCCUCCUGGACUGCUACUAACAUCGUCCCGCAAGCCGUCAUCUCAGCGCUUGGCGAGGGGAAUUAUCAAUCCGCUGAUGUUGUUGGGCGGUCUGUUACGCUGCUGAUGGCCGACGAGAAGAGGCAUGGCGAGUUGGUGUAUAGUGAGUGUGGUAGGUUUAUGGAUUUAGAGAAUGGGGAGAGGGGGUAUCAUGAGCUUACGAAGAGAAUGUUGGGAGUGGAGGGUGAGUUGAGGGAGACGAGCGUUUUGAGGGGUUUGAGGGAAAAGCUGGAGGGGAAGGGAGAGGGUGAGAAGGGGUUGGAGGAAGUUGUGGUGGCGAGUGAGUAA